AUGAGUGAAUCUAGUGUAAAAGCCAUCAAAAGUGCCGAAAAAAUCUGGUUAAAAGAAGAAAUUAAGUGCAAACACAAAGAGCUGUCGGUUGUGGAAGAGCAGCUUUACUCAUUACAUCUGCAAUUGUUGCAGCAAGUGGAUUAUCAUUCCACCGCUGAGUGUGUCGCGCGUAGGUGUGUGGAAGAAAACCAAAAUUGCUGGCAGCGAGAGCUGUGUAAGGUUCACCGAAACCUUACUAACCGUGUGCAACAGAUGAAGCAAAAGCAUCACAAAAAAUUGCUCUCGCUUGCGCAAUCCCAGUGUAAACCUGUAAAAACAAAAGGGUCUCCCCAACCAAUCGAUAAUUUCGUAGUAAAUUUGUCGUCCACUGAGUUUACACAAGCAGAGCUCGACCUGCUUAAUAAAGGGUUGAAGUUUGCCCUCCCCCCACGGCACGCCCCCCUUGCUGAAAUUGUGAAUAAUAUUGAAAGUGCAAUCCAAUUUAAAGAUAUAUCGUCAAAAUCAGCUGCGCGUCACGAUAUAAAAAGUGCCCUUCUACACAUAGAACCACGGAAUAACAAACAGCCGUCCCGUUUUGACGACUGGUGCUCAGUUAGAAAAUUAAAAUCUCGCGAUGUAGUGUAUGCUCGUGCGGAUAAAGGGAAUGCCGUAGUGAUCAUGGACAGGGAGAAUUACGAUGCGCGCGUUCUUGAUAUGAUUAAUUCAGGCCCGUAUGAAGAGUGCAAAUUUAAAAACGGUAAACCAAAAGAUCCCCUCAAUAGUAUGAUUGAUGAAGCCAAUUGUACACGUCAAGAAGUGACCCGCUUGAUGGGAGAAGAUAAUUUAAAUCGCAAGUUCCUAGUGCCAAACCCGAGAGUAGCUUCACUGUACUGUUUACCUAAAUUACACAAAAACCCACUAGCUAUGCGACCAAUUUCUUCGAAUAUUUGUACACCAACAGAAAAAAUGGCAGCAUGGCUAGUCGAAGAAAUGAAGAAAUACCCGGUUUUACACGGUAAGAGCGUGAAAAAUUCAAUAGAAUUCACGAGUCAACUAGAGAAUGUUGAAGUAAAAAGGGGAGAAAUUUUGGUGUCGUUUGAUGUCAGCUCCCUAUUCCCAAGCGUGCCAGUACCAGAUGCUUUACAAAGUCUUCGAUACCAUUUGGAGCGCAGCCGGGCACCGCACAAUCAUAUAGAGGCCUAUGUUUCUGUCGCAAAGCAAUGCAUGAAUCAAAAUUAUUUUGUAUUCAGAGGUAAAUACUACAAGCAAAUCCAUGGCCUCAGCAUGGGUAGUAAAAUAUCGCCCCUUUUGGCGGAAUUGUUUAUGAGCGACUUUGAGGAAAAGCUACAAAGUGAAAAACUUUUCCCACGCGUAUGGAAGCGAUACGUAGACGACAUUUACGCCAUAGUGAAGGAACGCUACGUGCCACAAAUACUGAAUUGGCUGAACUCACAGCACGAAAAGAUCAAUUUUACGGUGGAACAGGAAGUAGAGGGAAAACUACCGUUUUUGGACCUGCUGAUUACCAGGAAAGAAGACAAUACCCUGAAGUUCAGCAUUUUUCGAAAACCAACGUCUACCGACCGUUACAUUACUACGGACUCGAAUCACUUCGGGGCCCAAAAACAAGCAGCUUUUCAUUCUAUGGCGCAUCGUCUAGUCAACAUCCCCAUGGAGCAGGAAGAUUUUGCAGCGGAAAGGGAAAGGAUCCAGAAAGCUGCUGAAUUAAACGGGUACGACAAAAAGUUUGUGGAUAAAAUAAUCCGCAAACAUCUCCGCAAAAAACAGCGCCAUGAUACCACUACACUACAGCCUGAAAGAGAAGAAGUACAAAGAAUCAGCCUGCCGUUUUACCCGAAAGUAACAAACCAUAUUAGAAAGUUACUUAAGCGGCAUGGUUUCCAUGUGGUCCACAAAAGCGGCAAUACCUUACAGGAACUUUUGAAUAAUCAAAAGGACAAGGUUCCGCCCGACGAGCGCUCAGGAAUUUAUGAAAUUCCGUGCCAGGAUUGCCCAGCGGUGUACAUCGGGCAAACGCGGAGAAAAUUCAAAACUCGUCUAAAGGAACAUAGAAAGGCAGUGGAGAACGAACGGCCCAACGACUCCAGUGUAGCCAUGCACUCAAUCUGCUCCAAACAUAAUAUUAAUUGGGGAAACGCAAAGCUGCUCAAAAACGUGAGAAAGUCUUCUCAUUUGACUGCGUGGGAGUCGAUGUACAUCUGUACGGAGGACCGUCCCCUGAUGAAUGAGGAUGACGCUCUCAUCACCUCACCGCUCUUUCAACUGACGAAGUUGAAACUGUAG